UCCUCCUCCUCCUCCUCCUCCUCCUCCUCCUCCUCCUCCUGCUCCUGCUCGGCCGGGCGGGGAGCAUGGCGGUGCCGCGGCUCCUGCGGGCAGCAGCCCCGCGGCUCUACAGCAGCGCACCGGCACCGGCCCCGGCCGCCCGGCCCCGCGCGGCGGAUGACAAGCUGCUCUCCGAGCCUCUCGGCCACCCCGACUUCUUCAACGUGAAGGAGCUCUUCUCCCUGAAAGAUCUCUUCGAUGCUCGGGUGCACCUGGGGCACAAAAAGGGAUGUCGGCAUAGGUUCAUGGAGCCUUACAUCUUCGGCUGCCGCCUGGACCAGGACAUCAUAGACUUGGAUCAGACGAUGCAGCAUCUCCAGCUGGCUCUCAACUUCACCGCCCACGUCGCCUACCGCAAGGGCAUCAUCCUCUUCAUCAGCCGCAGGCGCCAGUUCUGCCACCUGGUUGAGAGCACGGCGCGGGAGUGCGGGGAGUACGCCCACACCCGAUACUGGCAGGGCGGCCUGCUCACCAACGCACACAUCCAGUUUGGGUCCGGCGUCCGCCUGCCCGACCUCAUCAUCUUCCUCAGCAGCCUCAACAACGUCUUUGAGCCCCAUGUGGCCAUCCGGGAUGCUGCCAAGAUGAACAUCCCAACGGUGGGUGUGGUGGACACAAACUGCAACCCCUGUUUGAUCACUUAUCCUGUCCCCGGGAACGACGACAGCCCCACCGCCAUGGAGCUCUACUGCAAGCUCUUCAGGAUGGCCAUCAUCCGCGCCAAGGACAAGAGGAGGCAGAGUGAGGUCUUUGACGAGCUGCGGAGCAACGUGGAGGGCAAUUAGAGCCCUAGGGACAGGCUCGGCCGUGCCCAGACGCCUGGUGAUGGGCGUCCUGCUCCACUCCCGUGGGCAUUGAUCCUGCACCAACCCAACUGGGCUGGUUGUGGAAAGGACCCGGCAACUCUGCCGCUGCGCAGAGGUCCCAUGGCGGUCACAACUGUCUCCAGCUCAAAAUAAAAUUAUGCGGAGCAAUGCGAGGGGAGACGGAGCCAGGGCAGAGCCAGCUGCUGUCCUUGUUUGUCCCUCUUGCAAGGAGGUGGCUUGCUCCUGUGGCCUUCUUGUCCCUGAGCUUGUGAUCUCACUUGAAACCACUUGUAUCUUCACGCUUCUUGGUAUGACAAAUAAAGGUCCCUGUGAUCCUU